UCGUCUCAAUCCGCCUCUUGACGCGCGUGCGCGCUCUUCCUCCUUCCACGCCGACGUGAGCGAAACCCUCCGCCGCACACAAGAGCCGAGACGAGCCGGCGAGAGACGCCCCGCGCAGAUAAGUUGAGUUUGUGAGUCCACUUGAUGUUCAAGUUCUCGACAAGUAAAAAAACCCCAUAACUGUGCAGUCUGGACCUUCAACUCGCAUCCUUAUCGGACCCCGGAAGGGACCUGCUGCCAACAUGGAGGGCGUAGCAGCAGACCACCUGAUCGACCUGGACCCGCCCUCUGACGCCCCAGCUCUCCGCAUAGAUGGAGGCCGACACCAGGACCGUGCUGCCAUUUUCUCCCCAGAGCAGGCCCCCUCCGUGGGAGUCCACCAGCAGCCGUCACUGCCGGAGCCCACGGCACAAACCGAGCCCUGCCCCGCCCACCUCCACCCAAAGGACGGAGACGAAGACAGCGAUGCUACGGAGUCGGCAGACAGCGAAAACGACAUGGACUCGCCGUCCAACAGGAGGAGGUCGUCAUCCUCGUCCUCUCACAGUGGCGAGGACACCGACAGUGAGACGGAGGAGAGGAGGCAGUUUAUGAAGGCUUACGUGGAGAAGGUGUUUAACGGACGGAAGGACUUUGACCAGGAAGAGAAGGCUCGUUUCGGAGAGCUGUGCAGUGGGGAGAACGGUAAAGGCCGGGAGUGGUUUGCAAAAUACGUCAGCGCACAGCGCUGCCACUCUAAGUGUGUGAGCGAAGCCACCUUCUACAGACUGGUGCAGUCGUUUGCGGUGGUUCUGUUUGAAUGUUACCAGAUGGAUGACUACAGCCCGGCCAAGAACCUCAUGACUAUGUGCUUCACGUAUUACUACAGUGGGAAGUCCCAGCCCUCUCCCUCUGAGUUACUGGAUGGGAGUGGUCCUCCGGCUGGUCUGGACACGUACAUCUACAAAGCGAACUCCUGGCUGUCCAUGAAGAAGGAUGCCGCUGAGCGCCUCCUCAAAACCACAUCAAAGACGGACGCCAAAGGCUUCUUUGGAGGCAAGCUGAGAGGCUCCAUGGCUCCCAAGACCGAGGAAGGGGAAAGCCCAUUUGAGGCAAAGCCCAAGUCACCAGUGUCUGAGGCAUCAACGAAAAAGAAAGGAGAGAAGGUGUACCUAUACACUCACCUGAAGCAGCAACCCAUCUGGCACACGCUGAGAUUUUGGAAUGCUUCAUUUUUUGAUGCCGUCCAUUGUGAGAGGAAGAAGAGGUCGCCAACCACGAGGGGAACGCAGGAUGGAGAAAAAGACGAGAGGGAGAAGUGGUGUCACAUGACCCAGGAGGAAAGGGACGACAGCUCCAAAAUGGAUGAGAACAUCGCCUUCGGCCAGCUGGGGACAUUCACUCACAACAUGCUGGCGUUUGGGCUCAGUAAGAAGCUUUGCAAUGACUUCCUGAAGAAGCAGGCAAUCAUUGGGAACCUGCAUGAAGAACAGUACAAGCUUCUGAGUGACCACAUAGAGAAAAUGGCGGCAGAGUGAGUUCGCCACGUUUCGAGGUCGCCAUCAGACCGACAUCAGCCAUUUCUUCUCAAUGGAUGACGAUGUGACUGACCGCCUGUUUGACUGCAUUUGUGUGGUGCGCCGCUGAGAAACAACAACAACGACCAACUGCACUGUUCCAUACUUGUAGCAAACCCCGUUUAUCCAACGUGGUGGUGCUCCUCUGCACCGGGUCAUGUGAUCGGCACUAAUAAUACAUCAUCAGCUGGUGUCCGUGACCAGAGGCAGCUCCUCGGUGUGCCGUCACAAGAUCUCCACGUGGUGCGUACGGGAUCUACCCGUGAUGCUGUUCUUCUCAGCAAUCCCUUGGCGGCCGCAUUUUAUUCCAUGUUGGCGAAGCCCGUUCCAACAGCGUCUGGUGAAAGACUGUCCUACGCAUCAAACCGUGGUUCAAACCAGACUAUGAUGACUUGGGGGGCUUUAUGUGUUAUUUGGGAGAUAAGCAGGCUGACUGAAAGAUUUCUGUGAUGCUGUAGUAUCCUAUUGGGCAAUACAAAGCUCCAGACGUGUGUAACAUAAGACAUUAUCUCUGGCAUUUAACAUUCAGAAGCAACAUCCAGCCUCUUAUUGCCCGAAUUGGUUUUACAGGAAUUCUCUUGAAGCUACAGCCAGGAGAUAUUUUGUUGGCUUUGCAUAAAACCUUUUUAAACAGGGAAACUGCUAGACUGGCUCUACCCAAAGGUCUCCGAAAAGUUUGAACUAGUGAGCUUCAGUGGUGCGUGGCCUGGCCUACGCAGGCCCAGGGGCCCUCAGGGCCCCUCGAAAGGACCAUUGAGAAACAUCCAGUAACAAUGAAAGGAGCCUUAACUGUUGCUGAGGCCAAACAACCAUACAGUGUGUUGCUCCAGUCGCGCGUACGGCCAUGUUUUUAGGUGCACAUCCUACCGCUGCCGACUCUUGCUUCCAGUCUUUAAUGCUGCUCGUUCUUCUCGUUCUCUCUGAAAGAACAAAAAGCCGUCUUCUGUCAAUCACAUUUACUCACGGCACGCGUUCAAAGUGUAGCGCCGAUCCUGUUUAUGUUCUUCAAUCAGACUUCGGGAAUCGAAAUAUUUAUCCGUCCCAAGUGCCUGCGGAACUCUCUAUUGACCCGCCGAACACUAAUAAUGGAGAGUCUGAUCAUUCUCACUCGUUCCCUGCAUGAAGGGAGAACAAUAACGUUGGCACGGGAAUGCCGUCCAUAGUCUUGUGUUUUCAGACGCCUUGAUAGCGGUAGUAUUUUCCUUUUUAGUGGAGCUGCAACGCCAGAUGCAUAGCUGACACGGUUCCUAUCCUGCUGCAUGUAUAUAUCCAUGUAGCGUGUGCGAAAUGCAUCCGGCUAAAGUGAAAUGAGUGAUGUCCUCAUUGUGUUACUUCCCCCGGCCGCUGGGGGGAGCCUCGCGUUAUCGUUCAAAGGGCUGAGAGACGUCAAACCGUCCUGUUUAGCUUUAAUCUAGAACCUUGAUUAAUGAGGCUUUUUCAACGGGGGGACUUCUACACACGAAUGCUGGGACGGUGCACUUUCUGGCAGGUGGAAUCCAAUUUAAGUUCCAUAAUGUAUUUGAAUGUGUUGUGGUUUCACCUUGUAAAUACUGUACGUAUUCCUCUGUGUUGUAGGACUUGAUUAUGUGCCGCUGCUUUUUUUGACUGUCAUAUCCAUGAGGAACAUAAAGGUCUGACGAUACGUCCUCUCGGGUGUCCCUUCGUGGUAAGCUUUACCUGAUGUGACCCAUGACCUUGUUGCCACUGUAAAACGUUGAAUAUGCUCCUGGGUUGAUUAAAGUAUUGACCUGUGUAUCGUACAUGUACUACAUUUAGUCUCAGAAACUCUGCACUGCAAUCUCCUGAAUCAUGUUCUAGUGAUGCCUUUUAUAUUUGUUCUGCGUGGAUGGUGCACGCUCUGUCUCCAGCACCUCUGUUGGUAGAUGUUCUCCAUAUCCUGGAUGAAAAGACCACGUCAUUAAUAAAGGACACAGAGUCCUUCAUAAUUGUUACUCAGUAUUGUUACUCUAUUGUUCCGUGGAAGCCAAAUUGACCAAAAACCAACUGAGAUCAGCUACUGAUGGUUAAACGUUUAGCGCCGUGGGCGUUUCUCACGGAGGGGCUCACUCCCACUUCUCUAGUGAUGGAGUUGUCAUCCUUAGCCAAAUGCCACAAAUAUGUAAUUGCCAAAAAUGUGUAACACAAGUUGCUGAAAUGUCAUGAAUGCAUUUCACUUUUUGGGAAGUUUCUUGGAUCUGUGUUACAGGCAUACCUAAAAUAGGCAUUCGAAUUGUGUUUUUCUGACGUUAUGGAAGAGAAUGUAUGAAAUCAUAUCAACAAAAGACGUGUGUGUGUGUAAUAGUGCUAUACUAUUAUGAAGCAAUGUUACUAUAUUGAUUAUUGAUCCUUGGAAGAUGAUUUUUCAGCAGCAAAGACCGAAGAAAACCCUUUAAAUAAACUGCCUACCUAUGCCUUGA